AUGACCGUCCCCGCGCACGUGCACCACCCCAGAGGCAACCCAGACAAGGCAAAGAAUAUUGCAGAGCAGCUGGCGGCCAAGCUUCCUUUAUCCAGUGAGGCUGUGUUUGUGAUUUACAAGGUUUACGACAGUACAUCAGGUUCGCGCCGCAGAGGGCUGCUGGCUUACUGGAGGCGGCAGCUCCUGCAAGCCGCCGUCCUUUUCGACGCGUACAAAAUCAGCCAGGGUGUUGUGACCCAGGUCAUCGGUGUCCCUGCCAGCACACCAGUCAAGCUGGUUGUCGACGGCUCCACUUCCCUGGGCCUGCCGCCCACUGUCGCCAUCAGCCAGGGCGGGGUGGUCAAGCCGGCCAAGGUGCCAUUGGCCAAUGUCAACCUGAUCAUUACGCCAGCUGCAGCAUCCAUGUGCAUUGCCAAUACCCCUACAUGCACAAGCUUUAUCCCCUUCCAGAGCCCCGCGCCUUGGAGCCUGACCCCCGGGGAUGGUGCAAAGACUGUGUAUGUCUUCAUCCGUGAUGCAGCAGGCACGACAUCCGCCAUGCCAGGCAAUGCCUCGACAGUUUUGGAGGCAAAAUCUGGCCUGCUGGUCCCAGUUGCGGCGAUCACCAACAAGACCCCGGCAGCACUGACUGUGACGGCUAACGCCAAUGAGAUAUGCAUCGUUGACAAGCCAGUCGCCUCAGGAUCAGAUUGCCCAAAGUGGGUGGCCAAGACGUCCACGGCGAGUGUGAAGCUCUCUGCCGAGGGCCAGCGCACCAUCACCGCGUACUUCCGCGACUCCAAGGCCGACACGGUGCCGUGGGGCCCUGCCACCACAACACUCUUCUACGACAAGACUGCCCCUGUCAUGCCCAAGACCACCAACCUGGCUGGCUCAUACAGCGGCACCAAUUUUACCGUCACGUUCAAAGCGCUUGCAAGCGAUGUGAACGGCAAAAAGGUGGGAUCUGGUGUGAAGGAGUACGUCUUGGUGUACAACCCCGCCAAGUCAACUAAGUCCAAGUGUGUUUCCGACACCGCCCUGCCCAUCACGUACUCUACUGAUGGCACCACUGGGAAGGCUACUUUGACUAUUGCUACGCCCGACCUGGUCAAAAAACACAAGUUCAGGCUGUGCGCUCGGGACAACGCCGGCAACACUGCUGCAGGCCUAACCCUCACUGGCAAGCCCUGA